UGGAAUCAAACAGACAUCAAGUCUCAUUUUUUUCCCCAUGUUUUUUCUUUUUUGGAAAGCACAGAAGAAAUUCAUUUUUAUAAAAAACAAGUGCUUAAUUUUUAUGGUCUGUGUGUUUUGUACCAAACUGACUCCUGCUGCAAAGAAGAAAAAACACAAAAAACAAAGGAAAAUAACCGAACAGCAAAUAUCAGCAACAGAUUUUUCUACAUUUUUGCAUGGAUAUUGUUCACUGGGAAUUGAAAGUACUCACUCCAAUACUGGAUUUUAUACCUGAGGAUUUUUUUUUUCUACAGGGGGCAACAAAAAAAGAUUUUGAUUGGAGUCAAUAUUUCUUUUUGUAAUGAAGACGCCUUUUUUUGUAAAAACUGUUAAAGAAAACGAUUCAAGAGGAAAGGGAAAUAAAUGUACAAAGCCCUUCAUGAUUCUAUAUCAGAGAACAGCAGAAUUGUGAAAGUGACUAAAGCGCCAAAGUCAACCCAGGGACAAAAAUAAUUCUUCUUCCAUCGUCAAAAAAACCCCCCUAUAUUUGCAGCUGCUGCCAUUUGCCAUAUACGUGGACUGCCAUGUAUCAUCUGCUGACAGUGUUAGUCAGUGUUACUCUUGAUGUUUUUAGCAUGCACUCAGUGCUCCGUGUUGGUGCUCUGCAGGCCCGACGGCAGGGUAACCAAACGCAGACACUGCCAAUGUUGCUUGCACACAUUAAACGCCCGCCGGCCUCCCAGAAUGCUUCAUCAGGAAAGAGCCAGUCUGUUCCAGACAUGUGCUAUGGGUAUUUUGACGUAAUGGGCCAAUUUGAUACCACCUUUAACUGUACGACGGGUACAUUCCGUUACUGCUGUGGUACUUGCCACUACCGCUUCUGUUGUGAGCAUCGCCAUAAGCGAUUGGACCAGGAAAAGUGUAGCAACUAUAACACCCCAUUGUGGGCGUACACAACUCAAUCUAUUACUACCAGUGCCAACAGCAAGCAGAACCAGAAUGAACAUUCAGACCAGACCAACAGCACCGUCUACGUCAUAUGUGGUGUCAUUAGCUUCACUCUAGCUGUGGGCAUUGGAGCCAAGAUUGCCUUCAACAAGGCCUCCCGACGCGCACGUGGGAGAGAGAUCCAUGUACCCAGAGCUCUUGUGGAUAUUCUCCGGCACCAAUCAGUUCCAGGGAAUCUCACAGAAAGGAACAAUAGCACAACUCUUACUUCAGGAAUCCAUGAUAACGGGCCAUCACGGCCACCUAAGAACCUCUACAACCCUGUCAAGUCUGCCAAGAGCAACCAUGAUAACAUGCAUCAUAAUUUCAUCCUCACUGUCAACAGCCCAAAGCAUUCAGCUACCCUGGACUACAGAAUGAACAAUAUACAGCUUCCAACUUCUUCCACAAAGUACAACACCUUGUCUUUUUCCCGUUCUUUCCACAACCUCUCGCAUUUGCCACCAUCCUACGAGGCCGCCAUCAAGUCUGACAUCAGCAGAUACUCUUCCCUCAAGAGACUCGCGGAAAAAGAUAUGGAUGAUUUCUACCUGAAAAGGAAACACCUGGCCGAGUUAACACGUGGUACGCUCCCUCUUCAUGUCAUGAAAAUGAACUACGAUCAUGAUGGCUAUCUGGAAAAAUCUCAAGCACCAAGACGAGUAAUGUCUCAGGAGCAUAUUCUCUCGGACAAUCACUACCCUGUUCAUUAUGAUUACACCAUACCUAGAGACCGCCUUGUCUCCCAAGAACGCCUUCUUUCUCGGGAGGUAUUGCAUUCCCAGGAACACCUGCUCUCUCCUGAAAGGAUGCACCGCCGUGGCCCAUCACCAUUCCAAGAAAUGCGAUUGGUCCACCAGAAAGCUCUGUCCCACACCAAUGUCUGUGCCAGCACCCCAAUGCUUGACCGUCACCACAUGAUAAAGAUGAACUCCCAUCCUACAUCUUCCAACUCACCCAAGACCACUUGGGACAUGGGCAACCACACAGCCAACAGGCGACAAGCCUUUGCUGCCAAGCGCCAAAACACCAUUGAGCAACUUCAGUUCAUCCCUGGGCACCUCCCAAGUCAGCAUCUGCGCACGGGGAGCAAGAACGAGGUCACUGUUUAAACACUUAUUUUGGCUCUUUCUUUUUUUUCCCUCCUUAGAAAAAGAGGCAGUUGGUUUUUGUACUGUAGUUUCCUGCUUUUUCUCAUUGCUUUAUGUCUAAUAGCUAUCAUGAAAACCAAGAGUACAGGCAGAAGACAAUAUCAUUUUUGAGUCCUCGUCAGGACAAUGUUUUAAUGUUUCAUUCACUUUUUUUAAAUAAUCCAACUGCCUCCACCGCCAAGUUCACGAUUCAGUUCUUGGCACCAACUGAUGUCAAAGAUGAUGAUAUCUUAAAGACAGAGACAAGCAGGCUGGAAACAGGAAACAUAGCGCUGGCUUCCUGGUUUUUAUACUGGGUUGGUAGCACCUCGUGAUGGUUCAGUUCCAUGGAAGAGUGGGCUGAAGGAAACAAAACAAUCAGUGAAAGUUGUUGAGGUGUUUGGCCAACUUCAGCCGGCGAGAAGAUUACCGAGCCAAACUGGAAACAAGUGACCCUUGUGUGCUCUAAUCAGGGUAACGUCAAGAACUGACUCCAACUUAAAGAAAAGUUGCACACUUUUUUAACUCUGUUUCUGUACGAAAAAAAAAAAGUGAUAUAAUGCAUUUUGGAUGGACAUAAAAAUGCCAUAAAACCUUUACACAUAGAGUUUUUUAACUUAACUAUUGUCUUGAAUGAGAAAUAAAAAAAAAAAAAAAAGAACAAUACCUUUGGUUUAAUAGAUGCCAAAACUGUCUUGUUCGUAUUCCAACUGGAUAACCAUCGAAUAAACUUUACAGAAACAUGAGAGUGAGCUCAGAGAAGGAAUUGUACCCACUGUUGCUUCCCUUAUCUAAUAGUUGAUGAAAAGACUGCCUUGCCAGGAGUUUGCCGAUCGUAAAGCAGAAAGACUUGUUCUUUCAGAACGAUUUCCUUUGGAAUAUAAGAAUUUUUUUUUCAUUUCUUUUAGUCUCAUUAUCGUUUCAAAAACAGAAGCCAUUUGGUUGUUGAGAGUGAAAUUUCCCAGUUACGUCUGGUGUGAAAUCUAUCACUUCCUCAUCAAUUUCUAUUUCGUUUAUUUUUUCUUAUUCAAUGACCUGACGCUAUUUCAGAUGAGCUUUUAACUCCACGCUCUCAAUGAUAUAGCCAGAAAGCUGAUCUGAGAAGCCUGCCCACCACCCACUUCCUUGAAGCUCUUUCCAUCACAAAUGGCCUUAACCUUUUCGAUAAAUAUUUGCCGUUGGGCAGUCUUUUUAAUUAAAGUAGUACUCCCAGAUUUGAUGUACUCUGUCAGCUGCCAAUGUAUAGACCUGUCGUGACUGAAACAUUUUCCUUUGCCAUAAUAGUGAUCGAGAUGUCAACAGACCAGGCUGUCCUGAGUUCCAGGAACCCCCCAAACAUUGCCUAUAUACAAGUAUUCUUUAGGAACACAGUUUAUAAUACCGACAGAGCCAUUCUUUCUGACUUUUUCUCAACUGCCAGUCCUACUUGCAGAUGUCUUGCUGCUAAAAUCUUAACUUGAUGGAGAACUUGGACUGAUCCCUUAACAAAUAAAGCAACCAACAUAACACCCGACUACUUCGUCAUGGCUGAUUUGUUGAACAAUCAAAACUCUUUGACCACUGAAACAUGAAAACUGCUGUGUAGCAUGAAAACACAGACAGAUAAGUGUGUUCCUCUCUUUUUUUACCCUCCUCCACCAAACCAUUCAGACCCUACUGCUUAUUUUUUGGUGUUAUGGAAUAUCAUGGGAAUGUACAUUUUUGUAACAGGCUGAAGAUAUUUUUUAUUUUCUUCUAAUACUGUGGCAUCUAUUUUGGCACUGAUCACUGUUUUUCAUGCUGAUGUGGUUUCAGACGAACUUUUUUUUCUUCUCUUAGGACAGUUGCUAAGUGUUUUUAUCAAAUUUGAGGGUCACUAAAUGCCUCCUUUAUCUUAGGGUAAGAAGCACUACACUGAUCACCCUAUAGCACUACAGCUUAAAGAGCAAUUGACAUUGUGAUUGUGAUUGCACCUUGCCAGAACCUUCAAAACAAAAACACUAAAACAAUAGGUGAAGAUUAUAGUGGCUCUUUAUCAAUACCGUGCCAACAUAGUAUAUUCAAUUAUUAUUUUAGGCAACUUAAGUACUUCAGUUUUUACCUGAAACGCAUAUGUGCAAGGGAAUUUGUGCAGAAAGCUGCCCUUCCCUCUAUUUUAAAAUUUCAAAACCCUCUGAACCGAAGAGCAUUCUUCAUGUCCUUGGACAAUGGGAAUUUACAUGGAUAAGUGUAUUAAAAAGUAUUGUAUUGCCUCUUUAUUAAAAUUAAAUAAUCUAUCCACCUAAACCUGUAUUCACUAGGAAUCUUGGAUAUAUGUGACCUGAAUCUGUCUGAGCCGUAUGAUUCCACUUGAUCUGAACUGAGUUGCCAAUUGAAUCGUAGCUGGAAUACUCAUCUAUGUCCUGUUUGCCAUAAAUGACAUACCUCAGUUUUAAUCCAAAAGAUGGGAGCCAUAUUGUUGUUCUCAAGUUACAGUAUAGAAAUGGUUUAUUAUAGGUUUUGAAGCUAAUUUGCCGUGUUUUACAUGGACGCUAUAAGUGCUGCUUUGUAUGAGUCUUUUUUCCUUUCAAAAUGUCCCCUAUGUGAGGGGGAGUUCUUUGCUUGUUGGUGUUUCUGCUAGUUUCUCAAUGUUUUCUUAGCAUAUUUUCACCAUUACUUGUCCAAAAACAUGUUUUUUUGCUUCCCAGUUCUCCAUUGUUAAUUGUUUAAGUUGUAGAAAUAUAUACUCACCCCCCCCCCCCCUGUCAUUUGCAUGUACAUACACAAACUAUCAAGCUAUUGUUUGUAUUUUUGUUCAACAUUUAUAUCACUGAGACAUUACAGAGCAGCAUGACCUUUUAGAAACAAAAUGUCAGGUGGAACAGCUCUUAGGGGAAGGUCAGAAAUGCCCUUUUCUGUAUGGGGCAAAUGAGAAUCUAACAUCCACAGAAACAAUGAGUUUUCAUAUUCUGACACCAGCAAGAACAACAUUAGAAGGAAAGCUGCUUUCCCACCUUUUUUUAAACAUAUUAAUUUACUACAGUUCCACUGAUGUUUGGAUGGUCUGCUAUUCAUAUAAUACACUGUCUCAUCAUUGUUUUAUGAUUUGCUAUGAAAGGGCCCCCUAGGGAGUAGACAUUGGGCAAAUGCCAGGUUAACCCACAUGCCAUUUAUUUGGAAAUGAUUACGUUUGACCACCUAUAAGGAUGAUCUUAUUACACUGGUCUGGUGGCAGUGUGACUUAAGCAAACCAGCAAAGAGCAGCCACACUGACAUGAGUAAUUGAUCAUCCUGAUAUUGAAUCAUGCUGCAAAUACAAAAAAACACCACAUAUUGAUUGGCCAAACUGAUAACUGGGGAAGGGGGUUCCAGACAUUGGUCAAUAAUAAUAAUAUUUGGCCAUAAUUGUAAGGAUUUUAUGAACGCCUUGUGUAGUGUAACCAGUAUGAGAGUUGGUUUAAGAUAUUUACAGUGUCCAAGUACCCAAAAUGUAUUGCUGAAAUGAAUGCUGAACUGAAAUUGCAUAAUAUUUAGGUAAAUAUAAAGGCGCCAAACGUAAAGCAACAAUUUGCACUCCCUUGUGUAAACCUAAAUAUUACCCUGUACCUGUAUGAGUGCACAGAUAUUCUUUGCCAUCUGUGGCAGUGUGUAACGAGGCUAUGGUUCUGAAAUGAUCAAUUUAGUAUAUUUCUGUCUAUUUCAUAAAGCUCAAAAGAGACUCUAAAGGAAAUGGCACAGGGGGCUACAGAAAACACUGCAGGCAAAGCACCUGAAAUUGACCAGUGUGCCAUUACUAUUUAUUGUUUUCACUGCGGUAAAAGCCUAAGCGCUUUAAAGCUAAGGUUAUAAAAGCCAUUGUUUUGUAUUUUUGAGAAGGUGAGGGUUCAUAUUGCUGCACCAAAUGCCAUUAAACCCAGCCAUUAACUAAAAUCUAUAUCAAGGGUAGCCAAAGGGUUAUAUUUAACCACACCAGGGGCCCAGCCCUCACAUUUCAUCAGAUUAAGCUGCUUGGAAAAUGUUGGAGACCUUAAAGGGCACCUAUCACCUUUAAGUAAGAAAUCUGGUGUAUAACUAUGGAGCAAAUUUGUAGCCACAUUUAGUAGCCCAUACCAUCCAAUCAGCAGUUAGCAUGACAGGUCUAAUAAUAAAAGCAACAUCUCAUCUUAUUGGGUUACAGGAGUGGGGCAAACAUUUGCCCAGGUUGGCACCAAUCCAUGGUCUGUCAUAGAUCUGUAGUGUGCAACUUCUUCCUCGUAGCUUGUUUCUAACACUAUUCAUGGCCUGGAUCAUAUCAAAAUGAUGAAGAUGUUAUGGAAAGGAGUCUCUAAAAACCAUGGGUACCAUCAGUUUGACAGCACCAUUCUAGAUCAUUCCAGAGAGACUUCUAUAGGCAUAAACCAUAAUUAUUAGAAAUAGGUUGCUCCUAUUUAGUUCAGGGGCUUAUUUGUAUACUUAAUUGUGUAUUAUAAUAUCCUCCACUUCUUAACAUUCACAAUGUCUUCAGCCUCAGUGUCCUUGUGUGUACGUGCCAUUUUCUUUUGUCUCUGUGCUUGUGCCAAAAAGGAGGUUGAUAUUUAAGAGAACCGCAAAGCUCAGGAAAAUCCUCAUGAGAAUGAUUGCCAAAAGCUGCUCUUUAAAAGGGCAACUUGUUUCUAAGCAUUGUUAUCUGCUAAAGGUACAUUGUGCCUCCACAUUAUCCGGCCUGUCUGUUUUAUUUUAUAUCAAGACAAUUGUUGUAUAUUUUGGUAUUCCUGUUCCAUGCCAGUUUGAUGUUGUCUAUUAAUAAACCUAGCUUACAGCUUUUUUCGAUAUGUAUGGUGCAGCCACAAUGCUUCUCUGAGCCAGGGCUUCACCUUGUGGUUCCACCCAGAGCUCCAUGCAGGAUAUAGAAACAUAAGCAACUGUUUCCUGGGGAACCAUGAUUAGCGGAAUAGAGGUUUGGUGAUUUUUACAGUCGGUAUAUUUGACAUGAUGAGCGCUGUGCUUCCCAUGUUUUACAUAACAGGAACAGAAAGCUGUUUGAGAGGAUAGUUCUGAUUUGGAACCAUAUGUAAUCUGCUAUCAAUGGCUCGAUCUGAUGUAGACAUGGAAGAGAAUCAACCUGUACCAACUAAUGCAGGUCAACGUGGAGUCUGUUAGGCUGGGGGUCAAAUAUUUCGAUACUGAAAAGUGGUGACAUAAAGAAUUGACAUUGCAUUGUGUACUAUUGGGGUACAAUAUCGCACAAUAUCUGCAUACAAAAUACUAUUAAUGAUAUCAAGCCAUAGGCUCUGCCUACUGUUAAAGUGGGUUAUGAUCUAAUAUAUCCUGGGGUUAUUCAAUACUGUACUUUUUGUUGACAUCAGGUUAAAAGCAUAGCAAGUUCCCCUGCCCAAGGUCAUUCCCCAAACCCACCCAUGGAAGUCAAUGGGAGGCGACUCAUGGCAGAUAGUGGGAGAUUUCACAGCCUUGUGUGGACUUUCCCACUGUUAUCAAUUCUUUAUAAGACAAAAAAACAGCAUAUUUGUGAAGAUCCUACCACCUUCAUGCUAUAGCAGAUGCUGUCAGACUUCUGACCUCCCUCCCAUGGAGGUCCAACUUUAAUCAGGGCCACCCCUUUGUUCCUAACAACAAUCCAGAUAUAGCAAAAACAUUUUUCAGUCGUAGUUCCCAGAAUACAUAGGAUAUAAUGUUCACCCCACAACUAAACUGACAUUUAAGGUGGGUUUUCAUGUGCAUUUAGGAAACAUAUUGGCUUUCUCCAGUGGCGUAACUAUAGAGAAAGCAGAUCCAUUGGUCACGGGGGAAAGCCUAGGGGACAGGGGGAGCCCAGACCAUGGGAUCUGUUUUUUUCUAUAGGUCUAAGAACUGCCCCCAGAGGGCACGGGCGGUUGGUGGUUGUUACACCUUCUACCACUGCUCAGACCCUGCUGGUUGGCCGGCCCCAUACUUUAGGAACCACUUUAGUGAUAAAAAAAAAACAUAAUUUUCCUAGGUAUGACAAAACCCUCCCUUCCUCUGUCCACGCAAGGAAAUAUUCACAGCGCAUGUGUCCCUUAGUAGAAACCAACCACAAAUCACUGUUAAAUCUCCUUAAGUUUCUUCUCCAUGUAACGUGACAACGAUUUUUCAUGUAAUAUGGCCCAUAGGUCACAUGAUGUUCUGUAGAUAGAAAUGGCACCAGACUUUGUUACCUUCUGCAAUUAUAAAAGCUUUUUCUUCCUUCCUAUCUCUUUUUAUAAAAAAAAAAAAAAAAGAAGAAUAUAAAUAACAAAAAAAAAAUGCUUUUAACUCUUUGGGUAUCUGCCGAUUCUGGUAGGCCGUUCUAACCUUUAAAGGGCUAAUAAAUGCUUCUUAGCUUUUUACUGCCAGAGGGGCACCACUGUGUUGGCUUCUGCCUGGCAGCAAAAGGAGUUUAUUUUCUGUCCCAGAGAAAUGUUUUUUAACUGUGUGUUUUCAAUCUUAUUAAAAGAUGUUUGGAAUGUCAGACAUAUAUAUAUAUCUAUAGAUAGGUACACAUGUAGUUGUGUGAAUUCAAACUAUACACCUAGAUUAGAUUUUGUUAUAAAAAAAAACAUAGAUACAUAUAUAUAUUUGGGACAUGUUUUCAAACCACAAUGUCCAGGACUUUAAUGACUUGCUUGCUUCCAUACACUCUAAACUAUGAAGGAUUUAAAAUAGGUGAGUGUUAUAUAAUCUUGUUUUUCCAGGUCUGUCUUGCCCCCAGACAUUGCAUAUAAGGAUUAACUGUUUAAGGCUACAGCCAUACUGUAUUGUUGUCUUUAGUUGCCUGAUGUGACCCUCUCAUGUAGCUUGUCCCAUUGCAGAGUAGGCAAUACAGAGGCCAUUGGGUGGGUUGUUUGGACGAUAAGUCCAAGGAAAGCUGGUGCUGAUGGCAGAGGAAGGCCCAGUGUGAUUGGCUGCUUGAAAAUGGACUUGUAUAUAACUUUUUGCUCACGUGACCAAUCUGUAGUGCUAACUGUUUUUCAUUUUUGUGGCAAGUACUGUAAAUCCCACAAGGCCUUUGCUUUAUUGCUUCCCAGUAAAUGAGCAUUUGGUAUCAUCUUGAAAGGCCAAUUGUUCUUCCUACAAAAGUAGAAGAAAAAAUAUGUUUGUAGAAAUCAGUGGCGUAACGAUAGAAGAAGCAGACUUUGUGGCUGCCGGUGGGCUGGGGUACCCCCUUGUACCCCAGCCCACCCGCAAAAUUUGCCUUCCCUAUGGCAGUAAAAAAACUCCCUCCUCUCCAGUCACUCUCCUAAUUGUGAGCAGGGAAGGAAGACACAGAUGAACAGAAGAUGCCAGCGAGGGGCAGAAGUCUAGCUGGGAGGGUGGGGGCAGGGAGUUGCCCUGGAAGUAUCUCUGUGCCCCGGGCUCCUCCGAAGGUCCAGUGCACACUAGUUACACCACUGGCAGAAAUAUAUAUAAUGUGUGUAUGUGUUUCUGCAUCUCUAUAUCAUUCUCACAAACACGCACACAUAUAUAUAUAUUUAUACAGAUGGUGUAGUUGUUGAUACAGGCAUGGGACCUGUUAUCCAGAAUGCUCAGGACCUGGGGCCUUUCUGUAAUUUGGAUCUCCAUGCCUUAAGUCUUCUUAAACAUUUAAAUAUUAAAUAAACUUCCAAAAGUUAUAUCUUAGUUGGGCUCAAGUACAAGUUAUUGUUUGAUUAUUAUAAAGAAAAAAGAAAAUCAUUUAUUAAAGUAUGAAUUGCUUGAUUAAAAUUAAGUCUAUGGAAAAUGGCCUUCCUGUUAUUUAGAGCUUUCUGGACAAUGGGUUUCUGGAUAAUGGGUUACAUACCUGUAUAAAGUAUGCUGGCUUUCAUCCGAAUGGCAAUGUGCUUUGCUAUCAUUUUGUUAAUAUAUUUAAGGGUCUGUAAAGGUAUGGGGCUACUGCAUAGCUUUCAUCCCUUCAAAAUACAUUUUGUAGGGAACCUUGGUCACUGGGUCUUUGAUCUGUAUAAGAAUGGUGCCAACAGGGUCACCUUGUGCCAUGCCUGCUACAUGAUGUGCUUAGCAGACAUAGGAAUAACAUGCAGUUUCAUGUGGUAACCAUUCUACUGUAAGCUUUGCAAUGUACACCAGGUAUAUGUAAAAAAAUCAUGGGAGAGGGGACAGACAUGGAGAUAUAGGGACAGCAAGAGCUUCUGUUGCAUAUGGCUGCCUCUGUCAUUUGGCUGCAUAGGAAAACACAGUAUGGCUACAGGCCUCUUCAUUACAGAGGUGUCCAGUUCAGCAUCUUAUUUAAAAAAAAAAAACAUAAAUAGAACAUAAUAAUGGAACAUACAACUUGUAAUACAGGAAUCUGGAUUGCUUGGGACCUAAGGUUUUUUUUAAAUAAAGUGUUCUUUCGCUUUUUGGAUCACAUUAGUCAAUUGAAAAAUAUUCAAAAUGAAAAGGACACACAAUAGGAUUGUUUUUAUCAUCAGUAGAGAUUUAUGUGGCAUAGUACAAGGCACUGUUUUAUUAUUACAGAGAAAGGUGAAAUCUUAAUAAACAAUAAAAAUGAUAUGCUGAAAAUUGACUCUAUGGGAGAGGGCCUUCCUUUAUUUUGAUCCUUUCUGGACACCAGGUUUCUGAAUAAUGGAUCCUAUAGCUGUAACCUAUACACAGAUCUGUGAUAAUAGUGAUAUUACUAUUAUUUUGUUCUUCCUGAGAAUCCAUCCUGUUGCUGUCUGUACUAAUUGACUGGGUUCCCAUCCUGCUAAAGGCUACACGCAAGCAGAACUUUACAAAACUAAAAAUAUUGUAUUCAAUAAUUAUGUUUUUUUUAACCUGGGUUUGAAGGUGAAUGCUGUUUUUUUCUUAACCUAAAUAAAUCAUGAACCUGUGCAUCGGAUUCUCCUCUUGCCAACGAGCCAGACCUGAGAACUAGAAUUUAUGUUUCUGUUUAAUGUAAUUUGACCACAUUAAAAGCCUUCUAACUUCC